AAGAAUCUAGCAAGCCAACUGUGGGGACUAAUAGUACUUGUCCCAUUCACGGCCACGAAAGUGAAAUUAAUCAAUCAGUCAGAAACUCCAUCAUUUCCAAAACCACAAACCACCAUUAAACACAAAAAAGGAAAAACCGUUCAAUUUCAGAGCUCCAUUAGGCCAUGGCCGGCGCCCUAAAUCUCGCCCAUGCUCCGAUUUUCGCUCCGCUAAUCUCGCGCCGUACGACGCCCAAUCGCCUAUUCUCCGUCAGAGCAUCGUCGGACGGCUCUUCUUCGUCUUCGUCGUCGUCGGUGACGUUUGCUCCGCCGCCGAAUUUCAAGCCUCCGGAGCCGAAGAGGUUCGGAGUGAGGCCCGAUAAGGCUUGGGACAUUGUUGGAGCUGCUCUUGCUCUCUUCUUCCGUUUCGGCACCGGCGUUUUCGCUUCCGGAUAUUCUGUAUCUUUUGUUCCCAAGGAUGAAUUUCCACCGGGCCAGUAUGCACUUGAAGUCAAUGGUUUCAAGGUCAAAGAGACUUCAACACUAGGCCCUCGCCCAGAGAAGCCCAUUGAGAUAUAUGAAUUUGAGAGCUGUCCGUUUUGUCGGAAGGUUAGGGAAAUUGUUGCUGUGUUGGAUCUUGAUGUCCUGUACUAUCCUUGCCCGAGAAAUGGUCCCAACUUCCGUCCCAAGGCUAUUCAGCUGGGUGGAAAAAAGCAAUUCCCUUACAUGGUUGAUCCAAACACUGGAGUUUCAAUGUAUGAAUCAGAUGACAUAAUCAAGUACUUGGUUGGAAAAUAUGGUGAUGGAAAAGUUCCAUUGACGCUAUCACUUGGUUUGUUAACGACUAUAACUGCAGGUCUUGCUUUGGUGGGCCGGUCAGGCAAGGGAUCUACUUAUUCUCCUGCAAAACUACCGCCUAAGCCACUUGAAAUAUGGGCAUAUGAGGGAUCCCCCUUUUGCAAAUAUGUACGUGAAGCGCUUGUUGAGUUAGAGCUACCCCACAUACAGCGGAGUUGCGCCCGUGGCAGCGCAAAACGACAGAUCCUAUACGAUAAAGUUGGACACUUUCAGGUACCUUAUUUACAAGAUCCAAAUACCGGAGUGGAAAUGUUUGAAAGUGCAGAAAUUGUAGAAUAUUUAAGAGCAACUUAUGCGGUUCAAUAAUGCAUUUUUGCAGACUUUUGAGUUCCUUUCCUUUUCUUUUUAUUUUUUAUACACAUAUUGUUUCCUAGUUUUUUUGUUUUGUUUUUUGUUUUUCUCGUCUCUAGUGAUAAAAGCCGUAGCCUAUUCUUGUACAAGCUACAAUCGACAUAUUUACUCAAAAGUUUGUUCGCAUGGAAUAAUGUGCAUAACUUGAUGCCCAGAGUCUGUGAUGAAAUCUGAAUGUAAUGACAUUAUGCAGCAACUUUGCAUUUUACACCCACAUGUUCAAUA